AUGAAUAAUGCGAAUAGUCAAGGUGUCGCAAGCAAUUUCACUAGCACGAAUAGCAUCAUCGCCGCUACAAACAACAACAACAACAAUAACAGCAACGCCAAUGCGACGAGCAGUCGAGAUGGUGCCUCAACUGAUACCGCCGCCAGAGUUAACGACACACUUUACUACUGGAAAUAUACAGCCGAAGAGUUAUCCGAGUUUUCACUGGUCGCGCCGGAGUUGGAGCCUUCCAUGCAACAACUCUCCGCUCAACAGCAAACCGCGUCAGGAUUUGCAUAUCACCAAUCGAAUACCCGCACUGACAAUCACACAACGGAGGCUCAAGCGGAACCACCACCUGCUUUCUAUACGAGCUUCAACAUCUCUGACGAUAUCUUCGAUUAUUUCAAUGGAUUUCUGGAAAGCGCCGAGCAACAACAACAGCAGUUGUUGACCACCACCAGUACCGAGAUCUUGACCACAUCCACAUCCACCGUCGUCGCUGCGAAUGCCUCGCUAACGUCGUACAUACACGAUGUGAGUAAUGGCACACGCGAUCCGCGUCUUGGCGAGUUUCUCGGCCUACUUCCCAAUGAUCGCAUUUCGCUCUUAUCAUUUCUCUUUCUCUUUUCCUUCGCCACCGUAUUUGGCAAUGCGCUGGUGAUAUUGGCCGUUAUACGUGAACGUUAUCUGCACACGGCCACAAAUUACUUCAUCACGAGUCUGGCGGUAGCUGAUUGUCUGGUGGGUUUGGUUGUGAUGCCUUUUUCGGCACUAUACGAAGUGCUCGAGAAUACGUGGUUCUUCGGUACCGAUUGGUGUGACAUCUGGCGCUCGCUGGACGUACUCUUCAGCACCGCCUCCAUAUUGAAUUUAUGUGUGAUAUCAUUGGAUCGUUACUGGGCCAUCACCGACCCUUUCACCUAUCCAAUGCGCAUGACGGUGAAACGCUCCGCAGCUCUCAUCUGUGCAGUGUGGGUGUGUUCGAGUGCCAUCAGCUUUCCGGCGAUAGUGUGGUGGCGUGCGGCGCGCGACGGUGAGAUGCCCGCUUACAAGUGCACCUUUACAGAACACCUCGGUUAUUUAGUCUUCUCAUCGACGAUCUCAUUUUACCUGCCACUGCUAGUCAUGGUAUUCACCUAUUGCCGUAUUUAUCGUGCUGCGGUGAUUCAAACGCGUUCACUGAAAAUCGGAACCAAGCAAGUGCUAAUGGCGUCUGGUGAAUUGCAAUUAACGUUACGCAUCCAUCGUGGUGGAACGACACGUGAACCUUCGACGAGCGCUUCACAUCAUCCGACAAUUCACGGCUCGCUGGGUGGCGCUCCUAGUGGCGGUAGCGAUGGUUCGCAACACCAUCGCCAUCAUUCGCAUCUACAUUCGGCGCAUCACAAUCACAGCGCGUCGGGUACGACGUCAUCAACGCCAGAAGAACCUGACGACGAGCCACUAUCGGCGCUACAUAAUAAUGGUCUUGCGCGACAUAGACAUAUGGGAAAGAAUUUCUCAUUGUCGCGCAAAUUGGCGAAAUUCGCCAAGGAGAAGAAGGCAGCCAAGACACUGGGUAUAGUGAUGGGUGUAUUCAUCGUGUGCUGGCUGCCGUUCUUUGUUGUGAAUCUACUUUCGGGUUUCUGUGUAGAAUGCAUCGAGCACGAGGAAAUUGUAUCGGCGAUUGUGACGUGGCUGGGCUGGAUAAAUUCCUGCAUGAAUCCCGUAAUCUAUGCCUGUUGGAGCAGGGAUUUUAGAAGAGCGUUCGUACGUCUGUUGUGUGUUUGCUGUCCACGCAAAAUUCGACGCAAAUACCAACCCACUAUGCGUUCCAAAUCACAGUGCCACGUAGCCGCCGCCAUGGUGGCCGCCUCCACACCCUUCAACUACUCCUCGGUGCAACAGUUCGACGGCAAUCGCUCGAUCAUGUGACGACAGCUGAGCAGCUGCAGCUCCUGUAGUGGUAGCAGCAGCUGCGGACGAAACGCCAUGCAUCAGCAUCAUCACCACCACCCACAUCCGCACACGCAUCCGCAUCAUCAAAUGCACCAGCAACAACAACUGCAACAGCUACAGCGCAAUUGCACGCGCUGUCAGAGCUUCCAUCGUCACCAUCAUCGGCAGCGUCGACGCAGCUCUAUGUUGCGUGAGGAUUUUAGUAGUGUGCCAGUGACGAGCAAUGAUUGCGGCACCAGCAAUGUGGCCAUCAAUGUCAGUGGCACGGCUAAUAGUAAUGGGCAUGGCAAUGGUAGAAGCAGUAAUACCACUAAAGCGAUUGUCACGUUUUCACCGUCCGUUGGCGGGGCAGCCACCAUGAAUUUGCCGCCCUCGGUAUCGGGCUCGAUGCUGACCGUAUCCUCAGUGCCGACGUCGCUUAUGUUGGGCGCAACCUCAACCUCGUCUGCCACCAGACACUCGUUAAGCGCAGCCACAACACCACUGGCUAAUGCAAGUAACAGCUCGGGCAACACAAAGCAUUGCAGUUUUGCGCUCACACCUCUUAUACCGCCGCCACCACCGCCUAGGCAAUUAUUAUAUCUAACAACGGCGCGUUUUCGUACGAAUUCCCGCAGUGAUACCACAGCUGUGGCAGCGACGGCGCAUACGGCAUCAUCCAGUUUAAUACCAGUGCCACCAACAACAGCAUCGGCGCCAUCACUCAUCGAAACGGCAGGCAAUGCAGCACCGACGCCACUAACACCGCUCACGCCACUCACGCCAAGUUCAAACGCAACCGCGGCGCAUGCGCACAACAAACAUGCGCCGCUAGAAGCACAACAAAGUGCGCUUAGUCAAUUAACCACCUUGGAGGAUAUGGAGGAGAGUGCAACGGACCAAAGGCAUAGUGAUAUGCUGAGCAAAUUAUCAUGA